AUGGUCUUGAACCGGCGUUUUCAUCAGCCGCCGAUGAUGCACCCCCGGCGGCGGGCGGACAUCAGCAAGAGGAAUGUCGACACUCUCUUCCAGUCAGCAGACUUCCAGCAUGGCGUGGCCCGGCGUUUAGCAGGGGCGGUGCAGAUCCCGACCGUCACCUACGACGGCAUGGGCCCUGUGGGCCAAGAUGCGCGAUGGGAGAUUUUCUAUGAGUUUUCCGCCUACUUGAAGGAGACGUUUCCCAAGCUAUAUCGAGCACUCGUCGUCGAGACCGUCAACGAGCAUGGCUUGUUAUAUUCCUGGCAUGGGUCGGAGAGAGAGUUGAAGCCUCUGCUGUUCAUGGCACACUCCGAUGUAGUACCGGCCGGAAAAGCAAACUCCAACGAGUGGACGUAUCCCCCCUUUUCCGGCCAUUACGACGGAGAGUUCAUCUGGGGUCGUGGCUCCGAGGACGACAAAUCCAAUCUGAUCGCCAUGCUGACAGCCGUCGAGUGUUUGCUGGACUGCGACUUCAAGCCCGAUCGGACGCUGGUCAUCGCGGUCGGCUUCGACGAGGAAGGUGGCGCCGAUCAAAGCUACGGCGCGAGGUGCCUCGCAGAGAGGUUGAUCAAGAGAUAUGGACAGAACGGCGUGGAAGUGAUUUUUGACGAAGGCAUCGCGGGCAUCGAACAGCGCUAUGGCACAGAAUUUGCCUUGCCGGCGACGGCGGAAAAGGGCUACGUCGAUGUCGCCGUCACCGUCACCGUCCCUGGAGGGCAUUCUUCUACGCCGCCCGAUCAUACUGCCAUUGGCUUCUUAGCCCAAGUCAUUGCACGCAUCGAGGGCAACCCCUUCAAGUCGCAGCUGAUCCGGCAAAACCCAACCUUGACCUUUCUUCGCCAAGCGGCACUCUUGUCCAAGAACAUGCCUGACGACUUGCGCGACGCCAUACUGGAAACCCAUUCUUCCAAGAAGCUCCUCGAGUACAUGGAUGCGGAUCGCGAACGACGUGCUAUGGUCAGAACAUCCACAGCGGUGGAUAUGAUCCAGGGCGGGGACAAAGUCAAUUCGCUUCCCGAAAACGUGACUGCUCUCGUCAACCAUCGCAUUGCCAUCCAGGACUCGGUUCAAGACGUGAAGGACCACUACAUCCAGUUGCUUGCUCCUUGGGCGGAGAAGUGGAAUUUCAACCUCGACGCCUUUGGUGAACGGAGACAGGCCAAGAACAUUCCCUGCCGGUCCAGCGCUGUCACUGAGGGUGGAACCCUGACCCUGACUGCUCAGUACGAGCUUGAAUCAUCGCCGGUUUCAGAGUGGGAAGACCCUAGGUUCCGAUGGCUCGCCAGCACCAUUAAAGGUGUGUUUGGGGACAACGUGGUCGUCGCCCCAGAACUGCUCAGUGGCAACACCGACACGAGAUACUAUUGGAAUCUGUCGCCGCAGAUCUAUCGCAUGUCGCCGUGGCGUGCCAGUCAUGACCCGCGGGGGACUCGUAUGCACACGGUCGACGAAAGGAUGCCGGUCAAGGGUCUUAUGGAAAUGGUCAGGUUCUACCAUGAAUUUAUCCGAACCGUCGACGAGAUGCGCGUGUGA